AUGGUGCUUCGCUGUUUGUAUAUAAUUGAACUCAUGGAUGCCGAGGAAGGUGGUCUGGAACUAGUGGAUCCAUCAUGGUGUCCCGAAGAAGGACCACCGCGGAAGAAAAUUAAAUCACCGCCAGUCAUAUCCCCAACCGCUUCAACAACCAGUUUGUACAGUGGUGGUAGCAGUUCAAUCGAUUGGACGACAACGGGUACCACUUUAGACAUGCAAGGUACGCGUGUUACCAGAACUCAAUAUGGUUUCAGGACACUACAAGAAUCAUCAGCAAAGAUGUGUCUUAAAGUCACCGGUUAUCCAUUACCUGAAAUCACUUGGUAUAAAGAUGAACAGAUGUUGCAUGAAGAUGAGAGGCAUACAUUCUAUGCAGAUGAAGACGGGUUUUUUGCCUUGACCAUAGAUCCGGUACAGGUUGAAGAUACCGGACGGUAUACGUGCAUGGCCACUAAUGAAUAUGGACAAGCGUCCACGUCCGCAUUCUUCAAGGUGUUGAAAGUUGAGAAGGAAGCUGCACCACCAGCAUUUGUCACAAUGCUGCAAGAUCAAGAAGUGAAAGAGGGCGAAGUGGUGUCGUUUGAGUGUGAGGUGGAGGGAUGGCCUGAACCAGAAUUGGUCUGGUUGGUCGAUGAACAACCACUUCGACCAUCGCACGAUUUUAAAUUAGAAUACGAUGGACAAAAUGCUAAACUAGAGAUUCGCGAUGCUCAACCCGAAGAUACUGGGAUCUAUACAGUACGAAUCAAGAAUGAAUACGGUUCAGCUGAAUCAAACGCUAAGUUAACAGUGGAACCGGAUCCAGACAAAAAUCACAUCGCACCUGAAUUCCAGGCAGUGAUCGAAGAUGUUGAAUGCAAUGAAGGAGAUACGGUUAAAUUCAAAGCAGUUCUUACCGGUGAUCCUAUUCCAGACACAAUUUGGAUGAUCAAUGGAGUGCCAUUGUCUGAAUCAGAUAAGAUUAAAUUUAUCAGUGAAGAUGGAAUUUGUAUCCUGACAAUUACCGACGUUUCUAGACACUUUGAUGGUAUUGUCACAUGUCAAGGUGUUAAUCGACUUGGUACACAAAAUUGUGAUGCUCAGUUGAAAGUACGAGUGCCACCAGCUGCGCCACAUUUUAAACGUCCACUUGAGGAUAAAAUCUCUCAAGAAGAACAAGCAGUUGUCUUAGAAACAGAAGUGAGCGGCUUUCCGGAUCCAAAAAUAUCAUUUACGAUCAAAGGGAAAUUGAUUGUAUCUGGUGAAAAUGGUAUUGAAAUUGUUGAUAGAGGUAACGGGUGCUAUCGAAUUGAAAUCUUAAAAGCUAGCAUUGAAUUACAUGACGGUGAAAUCGUUUGUACGGCAAUUAAUGAUCACGGGCAAGCGGAAAGUAGAGCUCAUAUUGUUGUGGAGUCUGUGGAGAAAGAUUUACAUUCCGCACCAACCUUCGUCAAAGAUAUUGAAGAUCAGACUGUUAAAUAUGGUCAAAUGGCCGUCUUUGAAACAUCCGUUCGUGGAAGCCCAAGUCCGGAAAUUACCUGGUUUGUCAAUGGCCAGAAAGUAGACAAGACAACACCUGGGAUACACAUCGAAACACAAUCAAUUACAGAUCAUAAGCUAAUUAUAGAUUCAGCGCAAUGUGCAGGCACUAUUUUGUGCAGAGCUGAAAAUUCAGUUGGUCGUUAUGAAACAAAAGCAAAACUAACAAUAAUUUCUGCUGAAAAGAAAAAACAUGCACCGGAAUUUAUCGAAAAAUUGGUUGAUACAAAUGUUAUCGAGGAAUCGAAUGCUGUUUUCGAGGUCCGUGUUGAAGCUGAGCCUGUGGCCAACUUGAAAUGGUUAUUGGGCGAAAAGGAGUUGACCGAAUCAAAACGUGUCAAAAUUCGUGAAUUUGAUGGUAGCUGGAAAUUGGAAAUUGACAAACUAACACUUGAAGAAAGUGGUGUCAUUCGUUGUAUAGCGGAGAAUUCCGAAGGUAGUUCAGAAUCAUCGGCACAUUUGACAGUUAGCAAGAAACCAUUUGCACCACAGUUCGAAGAUCGUCCUAAAAACGUUACCGCUGAAAAAGGCCAGGAGGUUCGGUUCCAAGCUCAUGCGAUUGCAGUACCUGACCCUGUAUACCAAUGGUCCAUUGGUGGUCGAAAAAUCAAGGAAACUAUGGAAGGUGUCAAAGUUGAAAUUAUCAACGGUGUCUCAACACUUACAAUUGAUACUAAAAUUUUCGAUUCUUCUACUGUUUCCGUGACGGCAACAAAUUCCAUUGGCGUUGAUGAAACCGGUGCUUUGUUGACAGUGCAGGAAAAAGGAAUGAAAGAAGAACGAACAGAUGAAUUUGAAACGAUAAAUGAGUGUGAAAGCACCGCGGUAGAACAAAUACCGGUGAUUAAGAAGGCACUUUAUGAUCAAAGUGUUAAAUAUGGCGAAACGGCUAACUUCGAGGUAACUAUUGAACCAAGUGAAGUUGUCGUGGAAUGGUAUAGCAAUGGAAAGCAAUUGAUCGAUGGGAUGCCGGGAGUGAAAAUUUCCCAGCAGCAUUCCGAUUUUAAGUUAAUUGUUGAUUCGGCCCAAUAUGCCGGUGUCAUUACCUUCAAGGCUUCAAAUAAAGCUGGUAAAGUGGAAAGUAGUGCAAAUUUAGUUGCUGUCCAAGAGAGGAUUAUCCAGAAAGCACCGGAAUUUCUGAAUACACUGAAUGACAUUUCGGUCAAGGAAGGCGAUAAAGUAGAAGUUACUAUUGAAUCUAGUGGCAAAGCUACUUUCGAAUGGGCAUUGAAUGAGAAAACCUUGCAGAGCGGUGUUGGAGGUGUCACAAUCAGAAACGAAGAAAGUAAGAGUGUCCUGAUAUUUGAGCAGAUUUCACUACAACAAGCUGGUAACAUCAAGGUAACAGCAACCAAUGAAGGAGGACAAGCGUCUUCCUCUUUCUGUAUGACUGUCAAUGAAAGGGAUAUUGCACCUGAAAUCAUCGCAGGACCGAACUCAUUAUCCAUCAAGGAGAAUGAUACAGCGGAAUUCCGGGUUGAAAUAACUGGAAAGCCUACACCGACAGUGAAAUGGCAGUUAAAUGGACGUGAGCUAUCGACAUCGGAUACAAAUAUCAUAAUUAAAUCGUUUGAAGAAGUUUACACUUUAAAAAUAGAGAAAACGAACGUGAAACACUCUGGUGAAGUGGUUGUUAUCGCAGAAAAUGCAGCCGGUAUGGUAGGCAAGGAAGUUGUUUUGAAAGUUGAACCAGAUUUGACAAAGCCAGUAUUCAAGACCCAUCUGAUCGAUCGUAGCGUGAACGAAGGUGAACCAUUACGGUGGGAUGUUGCUAUCGAUCGUCCAUACAAAGGAAUUACCGUUAAAUGGUUUCUGAAUGGCAAGGAACUAAUAAACAACGAAAAUGUGCAAAUUAUAGACCAUGGUGAAGGAAAGUACCAUAUGACCAUAAACGAAGCUAAAUCAGAUAUGUCCGGAACACUGAUUGUCAAAGCGUCAAACUCCUGUGGAACUAGUGAAUCACAUGCAUCUGUUGAAAUUAGGGAAGUUAUUCGAAAACCGGAAAUCAUAAGACAACCACAGGAUCAUACGGUUGACGAAAACCAAACUGUAAAAUUCAGUGCUGUUGUUUCCGGAAAACCAACACCAAGCGUAAAUUGGUAUAUGGAUGGAAUGAAACUGGAGAAUAACAACGAAGUUCGAGUUAAAUUCGACGAAACUACAGGAAAGACGUCGGUCAAGAUUUUCAAAACAAAUUUAUCUGAUAGUGGAAAAAAGAUUACACUGAAAGUAGAAAACACUGAAGGCCAAGUAGAAGCAGGCGCAAUUUUAACUGUCAGCAAAAAAUCCGAACCGCCAAGUAUUGUAGCCGAAAUGAAGAGCCGUCAGGUAAACGAAGGUGAAACGGUGAACUUUUCGAUUAAAGUAACCGGUUAUCCAACUCCGGAAGUAGCUUGGUUUCAGAAUGGAGAACCAAUCAUAUCCGGCGGUAAUAUAGAAAUUACUGAAGAGGAUGGCAUUCACACAUUGGUGUUAAGCGAUGUUCUACCGGAACAAGGCGGUGAAAUUUCCUGCGAAGCAAGAAACAGUGUAGGAUCCAAAAAGCAAUUGGCAACAUUAACGGUUAAGCCUACCGGAAAAGCACCAUUUUUUGAGAAAAAUAUCGAAGAUAAAUUGGUGGUAGAAGGAGAAGAAUUAAUUAUGGAUGCUAAGCUUGCCGAGGUCAGACCUGCUCCCACGAUAUCAUGGUUAAGAAAUGGUAAACCAUUGGAGGAUGCUCGUUUUAAGCUAAGUCGAGAUGAAGAUGGAACUUUGAAAUUGAAAAUUGAUUCUGUUGUACUAGACGACAAGUCGCGGAUUACAAUACGAGCUGAAAAUCAGUUCGGAUCAGCCGAUUGUUCGGCGUCAAUCGGAGUAACUAAAAAGCGACCGAUUGCAAAACCAUCCUUCCUAUCCGAUAUACCGGCGACUACUGUCACUGAAGGAGAAUCACUGAACGUCAAAGUAAUUGUCACCGGUGAUCCUACACCAUUUACAAAGUGGUACAUCAACGAUCAGCUUGUGGUAGCAACUGAGGAUACAGAAAUGAAAGAAGAAAAUGGAGUAUAUUCGCUGACAAUUCAUGGUUGUACCAAGGAUAUGACCGGUACCAUUAAAUGUGUAGCAUAUAACAAAGCUGGUGAGGUGACUGCCCAAGGAAAUCUUACUGUUUUGACACCAAUACCGGUGGAAUUUGAAACUUCACUUUGUGAUGCUGUAUGUCGUGAAGGCGAUACAUUGAAAUUGAAAGCUGUAUUAAUGGGUGAACCAACUCCACAAGUUUCAUGGUACGUGAACGGAAAAAAGUUGGAAGAAUCCCAAAAUAUUAAGAUACAUGAAGAAAAGGGGACUUAUACCGUUACGAUCAGAGAUAUCACAUGCGAUUAUUCUGGAAAGGUUGUAUGUGAGGCAGUAAAUGAAUAUGGUAAGGCAGUCUCAGAAGCAUCACUUUUGGUAUUACCUCGCGGUGAACCACCAGAUUUCAUCGAAUGGCUCAGCAAUAUAAAAGCACGACAAGGGUCACAGGUCACUCAUAAGGUAGUUUUUACGGGUGACCCGAAGCCAAAUCUCACUUGGUAUAUCAAUAAUGAAGAGGUGAAAAACAGUGAUGAAAUCGUUAUUGUUACGGAUGAUAAUACGUCUACGCUAGUGAUCAAAAAUUUCAAUCAGGAUAAACAUACCGGUGAAAUCAUUUGUAAAGCUGAAAAUGAUGCCGGUGAAGUGUCCUGCACAGCUAGCAUGGGACCUUACACCUCAGAUAUAUUCUCGGAAUCACAAACGGAGUCUGAAGCAAUGGCCGAAGAAGUGCUCAACUUCGAGGAGGGUCAAGAAUUUGGUACGGAAGCAGAUUCCAUUGAGGAAUUGCAGCGCACGCCAACACCAAUUAUGGCACCAAAAUUUAUCACUAAAAUUAAGGAUACUCGAGCAGCACGUGGACAUCAAGCAAUCUUCGAAUGUGUUGUUCCGGAUAGCAAAGGUGUUUGUUGCAAAUGGUUGAAAGAUGGGCGUGAGAUAGAAUUAAUUGCAAGGAUUCGUGUGCAAACUCGAACCAUAGAAGGUUAUGUAACCAGUGAACUGAUUAUUGAUGAUGUUAUACCGGAAGAUGCCGGAAAGUACACUGUCGUGGUCGAAAAUAUCGCUGGUAAAGAUUCUUGCGAAGCAACUCUGAAUGUAAUUGAAGUGCUUAUGAAACCGGAAACAUAUGCACCGGAUUUUGUUGUCGCCAUACAAGAUAAAACAUGUAAUGAGGCGGAAAAAAUUGUUUUUGAAUGUAAAGUAAUCGGUGAACCACAACCAACUAUUUCUUGGUUUCAUGAAAAGACUCCUAUAGUUGAAGAAACCAGUAAGACGAUCAUUGAGUCGGAAGGUACUAUCCAGCGGUUAGUUAUCGUUUCGGCUGUUGUUGCUGACCGAGGACAGUACACAUGUUUGGCUGAAAAUGUUGAAGGCAAAGCAGAGUCCAAGGCAACUCUUACUGUAUUGGCUGAAGCACCGCAAUUUACUCGUCACAUCAGUUCUAAAGAAGUAAGCAUAGGUGAGAAAGUAAUUUUGGAUUGCUCCGUUAAAGGUUCACCUCAACCAACUGUACAGUUCUUUCGGGAAUCCACCCGAAUUACUUCUGAUUCCCACCAUUCUAUCGAACAUGAUAUUUCUAAUGUACACUGGAGGUUGGUAAUUGAGAAAGCGGAAGAAUCUGACUGUCGGAAGUAUCGCGUUGUCGCUACCAACUCUGUCGGUAUGGCAGAAUCAGAAGCAGAAAUCAAACAGAAAGAAAUGAGCCGAAAACCAGAGCUAACCGAAGUACUAAGGAAUCGGAAAGUUACUGAAGGUGAUGAAAUCAUUAUGGAGGUGAAAUUCACCGGCAUCCCACGGCCAGAUGUCCAGUGGUUCAAAGACAGCAAAGAAAUCGUGGAAAAAAAAGAAAAAAUCACAAUAAGAACCGAAGAAGACAGGUCUACAUUGAUUAUCAAAAGUGCAAAACCAGAAGAAACCGGGAACUAUCGGAUCGAAUUGGUUAAUUCAGAGGGUAAAGCGACGUCAAGUGCCAGCGUUACUGUGGAAUCUGUUGCCAUAUUUCCGCGAUUCACAAAAAUGCUAACUGAUAUCGAAGUUCAUGAAUUAGAAACUAUCGAAAUGAAAGUAACAGCAACUGGGGUACCUACGCCUGAAGUACAAUGGUUCAAAGAUGAUGCACCGGUGCAAAUCGAUAGUGAACGAAUAUUCGUUCGAGAAACCGAAACUGGCGAACAUAUUUUAACUAUUAGGCAGAUCCAGUUCGAGGAUACUGGUCUCUAUUCAUGUAAAGCAUCUAAUAAGGCGGGUUCAGAAGAAUGCAAAGCAAAAUUUGUUGUGCUUGAAGACCUACAGGCACCGAAAUUCGCCAAACAGUUAUCCGAAAUCAAGGUAAAGGAAGUCGAAACUGCUGAAUUAGCAGUAACAGUAACGGGAAAACCGACACCAGAAGUUUGCUGGACCAAAGAUGGAGCACCUAUAAAUAUCGACAAGAUCCACUUUGUAACUAAAGAGGAUGAAAGUGGGCGUCAUACCUUGAUGAUCAAACAGGUUAGAUUAGGAGAUGCUGGUAUUUAUUCCUGCAAAGCUAGUAAUAGAGUCGGUGAGGCAGAAACCAAAACUUUGUUUGCAGUUGAAAGAGAAAGUGAAGUACCACAGUUUUCAAAGGAUCUGCAGGAACUUUCGGUACAGGAAGGUAAAACCGCUGAAUUGUCAGUAACAGUAGUUGGAAAACCAGCACCUGAAGUAACAUGGUAUAGAGAUGGAGUUCCAGUAAACAUUGACAAUAAGCAUAUUCUGAUGAAAACGGAUGAAGCGGGGCAUUCUAUAUUAAUUAUCAAGGAAGCUAAUUUAAAAGAUAGCGGUAUCUAUUCAUGCAAAGCUAGCAACAUAGCUGGAAUCGCUGAAACUGAAGCUAAAUUCGUGGUUGAAGAAUUCAUUGAAGUGCCGAAAUUUACUGAAGGUCUGCAAGAGGUUUCGGUGCAAGAAAGCGAAACUGUACAACUUUCAGUUACGGUGGUUGGAAAACCAGCACCCGAGGUAGUAUGGUUGAAAGAUGGAGUUCCAAUUUAUAUUGAUAAUGAGCACAUCUUAUCGGAAGAAGAUGAACAGGGACAUCAUACGUUGAUAAUUAAAGAGGCUCGAGUAAAAGAUAUGGGUACUUACUCUUGCAAAGCAGUCAAUUUGGUUGGUACCGAAGAAACAGAAGCAAAAUUGGCUGUUGUUUCAGAAUUGAUACCACCGUUGUUUACAAAUGAAAUUGGUGAAUUAGAAAUUCAAGAAGGUGAAAAAGCAGAACUAAAAUGCAUCGUUGUUGGUAAACCGACACCAGAGGUAACUUGGAUGAGAAAUGGUGUUGAGGUACACAUCGAUAAUACCCAUUUCUUUAAAAAAGAUGACGAAACUGGAGAGCAAACGUUAAUAAUUCCUAAUAUGAAGAAGGAAGAUUUUGGUACCUAUGCAUGUGUUGCUACCAAUUUAGCUGGCACCGCUGAAAUUGCUGGGAAAAUCAAAUUUCCAAAAUAUGGUUUCAAAAAAAUCCAAGAGGAAGAAGUUAAACCAAUGUUUAUAGAACCGUUAGAAACACAAACCGUUAAAGAAGGUGAAACAGUCAGUAUCAAAUGUCGAGUGAAUGAAAACGCAGGUGCUGAUAUUCAUUGGUACUUAGGCGAUAAGCCAAUUGAGCCAAACGGACAUCUGAUUUUGGAAAAACUUGAAAAUGGUGUCAUGAAACUAACAAUUGAAAAUGCCACCAAAGAAGACGUUGGUAUGUAUCGGUGUGAAGCAAUCAAUAAAUCUGGAAAAGCAACAACUGCAGCAAAGCUUAAUUUUGCAACCGAAGACAUGGAGGAAGGUGAAGAUGAGUCUGCUUUAAUUGGAUUUAUUCAACCUUUGAGUGAUGUUGUCGCAGCAGACAAUGGAGUAGUGGAACUGCUGUGUGCUCUGAAUGCUACCAAAGGUGAUGUUCGGAUACAGUGGUCUAAAGACGGUUUAGAAGUAUCAGCACAACAUGUCACUACUGAACAACUUGUUGAUGGUACUCAAAAACUAAAAAUUGCAAAAGUAAUCGCAGAUGAUGCUGGAACUUACCGAUGUACCGCUUCGAUUGGUGAUUCAUCUGUAUGGACCGAAGGAAAACUCAGUAUUUUAGAAACAGCAAAAGAAACAAUACAGGAUGAAGGACCACCGGAAUUUACGGAACUCUUGAAAUCUUGCGCGGUAACUGAAAAUGCUGAAGUUGUUCUUCGGUGCAAACUGAAAGGUCUACCGAGACCGACGUUAUCUUGGAUGAAAGAUGGUAUCAAGUUGGAUCAAAAUCAUCGUAUGAUCACUGAGUACCAUGAAGACGGCACUAUUGUACUGAAAAUCAGGAAUGCUAGGAAAGAGGACAGUGGUGAAUAUCGAUGCGAUGCAGUUAAUAUACAUGGUAAUGCUUGGACUGCUGGACCUGUUCGGAUUGCAACCAAAUCGGAAUUGCAACAAGAAGGCGAAGCACCCGAUUUUAUUGAGCCCGUCAAACCUAUUACUGUCUCUGCUGGUGAAACAGCAGUAUUGGAGGGUAAGGUCAAGGGGCAACCAAAACCAGAAAUCAAGUGGUUCAGUGGUGAAAAUAUGGUGAAGGAAAACUCAAACAUCCGGCUAGAAAGUCUUCCUGAUGGUACCCAAAGGCUUAUACUAAAAAAUGCAACUGUUGAGGAUACCGGGAAAUAUCGCUGUGUUGCAAGUAACCAAUAUGGUGAUGUAUGGAGCGAUGUUACACUUACCGUCCGAGUUCCUGUAUCGGAAGAGGAAGGCGCAGUGGAAUAUGCUGCGCCAACAUUCUUGAAAACUCUAGAAGAAAUCAAUGUUAAAGAAUUGGAACACGUUGUAAUGGAAUGUAAAAUUGUUGGCGAGCCAAUGCCUGAAAUUAAAUGGUUCAAGAAUAAAGAAGAAAUCAGCGCAGAUAAUGCCCAUUUCAAAAAGGAAACGCUUCCGGAUGGUACCGCUCGACUAAUUAUUGAUUCAGUUAAUAAGGAAGAUGGUGGUGAAUUCAGAUGUGAAGCACAGAAUACCUUUGGUACAGCACGUACCGACGCUGCGUUGAAUGUGUGGUAUGAUUUCGAAGUGCCGGUGCAAAAUGAAACUUCACCGGAAUUUGUACAGGAAUUGAAAGCAGUUCAGGCUAUUGAAAAGCAGCAAAUUUCUUUCGAAUGCCGAGUAGUUGGAGUUCCUGUACCGCAAGUUAAAUGGUUUAGAGAUGGUGAAGAAUUAAAACCCAAUGAGCAUGUCCACAUCGAAAGCUUGCCGGAUGGUACCAAUCGUUUAGUGAUUGAUUCAGUUGGUGUUGAAGAUCAGGGCAAUUAUCGGUGUGAAGCGACCAACAGUGCUGGAUCAAUGAGUUCGAAAGCUCCACUAACUGUCAAUGAAUUGGAAACCUUGAAGUUGAAGAAAGGCUUGACAGACACGAAAGGGGAAAUUGGAACUAAGAUUCGAUUGUUUAUUGAAGUUGAAGGAAAACCAAAAACAGUAAGAUGGUUCCAUGGAAAGAAUGAAAUCCAAGCAAGCAAACGGAUAAAACUCGAAACCAUUAUGGGACAUGAAUACAGCUUAGAAAUUAGUGAAGCGGAAAGUUCAGAUGAAGGUACUUAUCGUGUAGUCUUAUCAACCGAUACCGAAACCAUUGAGUCAUCUUGUUCAGUAACUGUAUUCAAAAGCGAAGUGGAACCAAUCUUUCGGAAAAGUCUUCAAGAUCAGUGCAUACCGAAAGGAUCCAAACUAGUUCUUGAAAUCGAAUUGGACGGUACGCCAAAACAAGUCAAAUGGUUAAAAGCCGGUGUACCGAUAGAUGACAAAGUAAUGAAAGCGAAAGAUCUUGGUAAUGGGAAAUAUCAGUUGGUGAUAGAUGAAAUCAAGGAAAGUGAUGCGGGUGAAUAUGGCGUGCAAGUGUCUAACGAUGCUGGAACAAUUGAAUCCAAAGCAAACAUUACACUGAAAGCAGAGAAGCCAGAAAUUGUCAGUGGUUUGAAGCCAAUAACAGCUGAAGAUGGCGAAAAAGUAAUGCUUGAAGUGGAAACCAAAGGGCCGAUCAAGAAAGUCAAAUGGUAUAAGAAUGGCGUAGAAGCAAAAAAUGUCGAGAAGAAACAAGUCGGUGAUAAUAAGUAUCAAUUAAUUAUCAGUAAAGCAACCAAAAACGACGAAGCUGAGUAUAAAGUUGUGUUGUCAAAUGACGAAGGUGAUGCAGAAUCAUCAGCCAAAGUAACUGUAAAACUACCAAAAAUUGAAUUUAUUAAAAGUUUGGAGGACCAAACAGUUGAUGCUGGUGUCAAGGUGAUCCUAAGUAUCGAAACUAAUUUGCUUCCAAAACAGAUUAAAUGGUACAAGAACGGCAAAGAAAUCACUGCUAGUGAUAAGGCUAAACCGAAUAAACUCAGUGAUAACACUUACCAACUAAUGAUACCGGAUACAGACAAAGAUGAUACUGCUGAAUAUAAAGUUGUACUUACCUCUGAUGAUGAUACUGUCGAUUCUUCUUGUGCGUUGACCGUGAAGUUACCACCACUAAUUAUUACGAAAGGUUUAGAAGAUCAAGCUGUUAAUGCUGGUGAGAAAGUAUUACUUGGGGUCGAGGUCAACACACUACCGAAAUCAGUUAAAUGGUAUAAAAAUAAUCGAGAAGUUGGUUCAGAUGAUAAAGCAAAGCCGAAGAAAGUAAAUGAUAAAAAUUACCAACUUGAAAUACCCAAUGCUUCAGAAGAUGAUGCUUUGGAUUAUAAGGUUAUACUUUCGAAUGAAGAGGAUUGCGUGGAAUCCAGUUGCACGUUGACAGUCAAAAAACCAGUCGAAAAGCCUUCAAUCAAGAAAGGAAUUGAGGAUCAAUUUAUUGCACUUGGAAAAUCUUUGGAAAUUGCCAUUGAGACAACGGGUGAGCCAAGACUCGUGAAAUGGUACAAAAAUGGACAAUUAUUGUCAGGAGAAACAACUAAAACAGUCAAGGCAGAAAAGAUUGAUGAGAAUAACUACAUUUUGAAAAUUGAGAAAUGCACCUUGAAUGACAGUGGUACUUAUUCGGUUGAAGUACAGAAUGAAGCAGGUCAAGUCAAGAGUUUAGGAGAGAUAACCGUCGAAGAUAAACUAAUCUUCUUGAAACCAUUGCAAGAUGUUGAAGUGGUAGAAGCUGAACAAGUAGUGCUUAUGGUCGAAACAAAUAUUCAUCCACGGAUUGUUAAGUGGUAUAAAAAUGGGCAAGAAAUUAAAGCUGUGAGCGGGCGGAUCGAAAUGAAAGAUGACACGACAAGAUUUCAUCUUAUCAUAGUGAAAGCUGAAACUACUGAUACAGCCGACUAUAAGGUUGUUUUGUCGAAUAGCGCCGGAGAUUUGGAUUCAUCUGCGAAACUAACAGUCAAGAAAUCGAAGGGCCAACCAAAAAUUAUUAAAGGCUUAGAGGAUCAGGUUAUUGCGGAAGGUAAUGAAUUGAUAUUGGAAAUUAAGGUAGAAGAGGAACCAACCGAAGUUCGAUGGCUCAAAAAUGGAGCUGUACUUCCGAAAAAUGUUGAAGCUAAGAUUGAAAAAAUUGAUGAACAAUCAUAUCGCUUAACAAUUCCACGAAUUGGUACUACCGAUGCGGGUGCGUACAGUGUUGAAGUAAUCAAUGAAAUUGGCAAAGUACAAAGCACUGGUAAUGUAGACGUUGAUAUAAAACCUGAGAUCGUUAAAGGCUUAGAGGAUUGCGAAAUCAAUGAAGGUGAUGAACAACUUUUCAAGGUUGAAAUAAAUGUCCCUGUUCGGGAAAUUAAAUGGUAUAAGAAUGGGCAGGAAAUAAAGCCUUCAUCCAAGAUGAUCACAAAGCAAAUUACUUCCAAGAAAUUUGAGCUUAUUAUUCUUGAAGCAUCAAUGAACGAUACCGCCACUUAUAAGGUAACUUUAAGCAACAAAGCCGGUGCUUGUGAUUCCUCAGCUAGUUUGACUGUUGUAAAACCUAAUGUGCUGAAAGUUCUUGAUAGUCUGAAGGAUGUUGAAGUAAAUGAAGGUGAACCAAUCAAACUUUCUAUCAAAGCUGAAGGACAACCGAAAAUUGUUAAAUGGCUCAAAAAUGGUCAAGAGAUCAAAUCAGAUGAUCGAACGCAAAUUACAGAGAAUCCUGAAACUGGUGAAUAUACUUUGACAAUACCAGAAAGUGUAGCAUCGGACGAUGCCGCAUAUCGUGUCGUGCUCUCGAACAAGUUUGGCGAAGUGCAAAGCGGCUCCAUUACUCGUGUGAAACCAAAGAAAACUGAACCAAUUAUAAGUGCAUCAACUUUCAUUACACCACUGGAAGAUAUCAAUGUACCAGAAGGUGCCAAUUUGACCUUGAAGUGUAAAGUAUCUGGCGAACCAAUGCCGACACUUAAAUGGUACAAAGAUGACAUCGAAAUUACUAAAGAUGAUCGCGUUGUGAUGCGCAUAUCCUUGGAUGGCACAGCAACCUUACGUAUUCUGGACAGCAAGAAAGAAGAUACAGGUAGAUACAGUGUUUCAGCAAUCAAUCCGGCUGGUGAAUCGAAAUCCGAGUGCAAUGUUCGGAUAUUAGACGCCAAGGAAUUACCAUCCGGACCGAAAUUUGUUAUUCCGCUAAAGGAUAUCACAGCAGAAAUUGGGACCAAAGCCGAAUUCAACAUCAAAGUUUGCGGUAUACCGAAGCCUACACUUAAGUGGUCAGUUGCUAACCAAGACGUAACGCACUUGGAUGGUAUCAAAGUUGAAGAUUUGAAUGAUGGCAACUGGACUAUGACAAUCGAAAGUGUUACCGAAGGAUUUAUUGGUCGUAUUAAAUGUGUUGCAAUCAACGAACACGGGAAAGCUGAAUGCGAAUCGCAACUAAUUCAGACAGAGUCAAAACUUGGGAAGGCAAAGACUGAAGAGGGUUAUCCACCGAAAUUCAACGUGCCGUUAUGGGAUCGACGAAUAUCGGAGGGGCAAGUUGCGACUAUUGAAUGUCAUGUAGACGCUAAACCAACUGCCAAUAUCGUUUGGACAAAGGAUGGUGUUACUUUGGUGGAGUCAGAUCGUAUUGAAAUUCAUAAUACCCCAAAUGGAGCGUGUCGUGUACGAAUUAGCAAUUUUGGUAAAGAUGACGUCGGUACCUACAAAUGCACUGCCACAAAUACACUUGGAGUUGCUGAUACCAGAUCGAAUCUCAAUAUUCAGAUAAAAGAAAAAGAAGAAGUAAUAGCGAAGAAAGAAUUCCCACCGCGUUUUAAUCCACCACUUACGGAUAAAUUUGCGGAUAUUGACGAAACGGUCCGUUUAUCCUGCAAAGUAGAUGCAUCACCAAAAGCAGCCAUAACAUGGUACAAAGAUGGAGUACCAUUAAGAAGUAAUGGCCGUAUUGUCAUCGAGAAUGAUGAUGAUGGUAACUGUUUAUUGACAAUCAACCAUAGUACGGAAUCCGAUGAUGGAGCUUAUCGUUGUGUUGCUGUCAAUGAUAUCGGUAGCUCUAAUUCAGCUUGUGUGGUAUCUAUCCGUAAGAUAAAAGAAGAAGUUAAAAAGGAAGGUGAAGAGCCAUUCUUCACCAAAGGCUUGGUGGACAAGUGGUUAGAACGUGGCGAUAAAUUAACUUUGCAGUGCACUGUAAUCGGUGAACCGAAACCAGAAAUUCGUUGGUAUCGUAACGGAAUUUUAUUACGACCAAACAACAAAAUCAGCAUCGAAAACACGUCGGAUGGCUUGUGCACAUUGACAAUCGAAGAAUGCGCAAUAAGUGAUGAAGGAAUCUAUCGUUGUGAUGCUGAAAAUUGUAAUGGAAAAGCACGAACACAAUCAACUGUCCACAUUGAGAGACCGAUCGAAAAAAUAGAAAAGAAGAUUGUCGAAGGUCAAGCACCGCGGUUUAUCAUUCCUCUUCAAGAUAUAACUGUUUAUAGCGGUUCUACAAUUGAUUUAGAAUGUAAAGUAGUUGGUGAUCCGAUGCCAACAAUUAAAUGGUCCAAGGAUGGUAUGGUACUUCGUGAUGAUUCACGUUAUCAAUGGGAGAUAGAUGCUACAGCUGGUACCUAUCGGCUGAAGAUUAACGAUGCGAAUGUAAAUGACGAGGGCUCAUAUCGAUGUGUUGCAACGAAUUCUGCUGGUUCAGCUACCACGAAGUCAUUCGUCAGGAUAGAUGAUGGGAGCUUUAUUCAAAUGCCAUCUUCCAGCGAACCGCCUCAUUUCACCAUUGCUUUGGGUGAUGCACGUGCCAUUGAAGGUCAACCGUUGAAAUUGGAGUGCAAGAUAGAAGGAGCCCCUUUGACAGAUCUUGUUUGGUACAAAGACGGUGAACGAGUCAUUCCUGAUGAUAGAAUCAAGAUUGAAUCGGAUUCAGAUGGACGAACACGUCUUGUUAUCAUUUCAUCCAAUGCAAAUGAUGGAGGUCUGUACCGAGUAAUUGCAAUCAAUCCGUUUGGUUCAGCACAUAGCAAAGCUACUGCAACGGUAAAGAAGGUGCUGGAAGACACGACCAAUGGUUUCAUGGAUGGCGACAAAUUCGAUGCAUAUCGUGCUCCACGUGUCAUUAUACCACUUGAGAGUAUCAAAGUUGUGGAAGGUAGCGAUUUUACAUUACGUUGCAAAUUUAGCGGUGAUCCACGUCCAAAAAUCAAGUGGUUCAGAAACGGUGAACGUGUUUACUCCUAUAAUCACUGUACUUUGACUGAAAAUGAAGAUGGUAAUUGUGAGUUAAUCGUCAAAAACGCUAAUCGAUUUGAUAGCGGUUGUUACCGAUGUGUUGCAGAGAAUAUCUAUGGCUCCGAUAGGACUAUAUGUGAAGUCGCUGUACAAUUGAAAGAAAAGAAACCACAACGUAACUUCGAGGAUGAAAUCCGUGAAGGUAAUGCACCAGGCUUCUCUGUACCACUUGCCAUGAAACGGGCUAAAGCAGGUGAUACCGUUAUCCUAGAAUGUGUCCCAUAUGGCAAACCAUUCCCAGAAAUUAAAUGGCUCAAAGAUGGCAUUGAAAUUGAAAUCAGUGACAGAACUAUGAUUGAAAGUUUGGAUGAUAGAACACAGCGUAUCAUUUUAAAAGAUGUUGAUUUCUUUGCGGAAGGCUUCUAUCGAUGUGUAGCAACCAAUGAAUACGGUACUGCUUCUACGAAAGGCGAGGUUGCACUUGAAGGUGAUCGAACAUUGUUAGCAAGGAAAAUGGAACCACUGAUUGAUGAGGAGCCGAUAGAAAGCAAACCACGUGUUCGUCGUGGUCUGUAUAACAUAAGUGUACAUCAGGGUAAUACUAUUGAAAUGCAAGUAUGCACGUCAGGUUGGCCAACUCCGGCUGUAAAAUGGUUUAAAAAUGGCCACGAACUAAAAUCCAGUGGACCAGACGGUCCAGUUGUGGUAUGGACCGAUGAACGCGGCAUCCAUCAUUGCAUAAUUCUUAAUGCCUCACCGGAAGAUGAAGCGGAAUAUGCUUUGGAAGCUACCAACAAACUUGGCAUGGCGCGAACUGAAGGCGCUAUAACACUUAUCAGGCCAAGAGAAGUACCAGGCUAUGAAGAUGAUCGAGAUAGAGGUGGCAUGCUGUAUCCUCCAGGGUUUAUUCGUCAACUCAAAAACAAGCAUGUUUUCUCACAUAUGCCAACAAUAUUUGAUUGUCUCGUAGUCGGUUAUCCACCGCCUGAGGUUGAAUGGUUCCAUAACGGCAAAAAGAUAAUACCUGGUGGUCGAAUACGUAUUCAGUCCUGUGGAGGUGGAUCACAUGCCAUCAUCAUCAUGGAUACACUUCCAGAAGAUGCAGGCGAAUAUGUAGCAAUUGCUAAGAACUCUCAAGGACAAGCUUCAAGUAGUGCGGUGCUGGAUGUAACUGUACCACUUCUCGAUUCUAUCAAAUUUGAUGGUUCAGUGGAUGUUACACCUUACUUGACGGAAGAAUAUGGUUUCAAGAAAGUUCCACAUCACAGCAUCCCAACGCCACCAGAUCGUGGUCCAUUCAUUAAAGAAGUUACUGGACAUUACUUGACACUUUCAUGGAUUCCAACUAAGAGAGCCCCACCACGAUAUCCUCAAGUAACAUAUGUCAUCGAAAUACGCGAAUUACCUGAAAAAGAUUGGGUUCUGCUUGAUUAUAACAUUCCGGAGCCAGUGUGCAAAGUUCGAAAUCUGGAACUUGGUAAAAGUUACCAGUUUCGAGUACGUGCGGAGAAUAUCUACGGUAUCAGUGAUCCAUCACCUGCUUCACCACCAUCUCGGCUGAUGGCACCUCCGCAGCCGGUACUUGAUAAGAACAAGCGAGUUAUUCCACUACUUGACCCGUACGCUGAGCGAGCUCUUGAUCAGGCUCAUGCUGAACAAUAUGCAUGUGCACCAUGGUUUGCUCCUGGUGUUAAAGAAAAACGAUUCUGCGCAGAAAAUGAUAUGCUAUCAAUAACGCUAUGUGUAUCCGGUUAUCCUGAUCCGAAGAUUGUUUGGAAAUUCCGUAACAUGGAUAUUGAUACGGGACCUACAUCUCAAAUUCGUGUACUAACUCAUGCUGGUAUGGAAACAACACUCACAAUAAAUGGAUUUAGUAAGGAAAAUGUUGGACAAUAUCAGUGUAUUGCAACUAAUCAGUAUGGCGAAGCCCAGCAAAAUGUCCUGGUUGAUCUCGGUGCACGACCAACGUUUAUCCAGCCUUUGAUUAAUAAAGUCGUUCCCAAUGGUAAACCUCUCAGGCUUGAUGUACGUGUUGAAGGAAGUCCUUUUCCGGAACUCAAAUGGAUGAAGGAUUGGCGACCAAUUGUAGAAUCAUCCCAUGUUAGCUUUGUAUAUGAAGGCUCUCUAUGUUCACUGAUCAUUAAAGAUCCGUUGUGGUGCGAUUGUGGAAUUUAUUCCGUUGCAGCCAUAAACGACGCUGGCACAACAACAACGUCAUGUUCAGUAACUAUUGAAGCGGAUGGAGACUUUAGCAUGAUGCAUGAUAUUCGGAAGAAAAAACCCCGCGUAACGUUGGAAGCUCGUAAAGUUCGAGAAAUUUAUGAAAUCGAUGAAAACGAUGAGAAGUACAAGUAUAAUACUUCAGAAUGAGGCAUACUCUCUCUCUCCCUCUCAUUCCUCUUUCCACUUAUAUUGGAUAAGUUUAAGUUAACUCAGAUGUUUUUGCUUCAGAAUCUUCUAACUACGAGGAAUCUCGCUUCUAUUUUCCCCAAAAUGAGGCAAGAAUUCCUCUUCUUCAUUUCCUACGGUUAACGUCUAUUUCAGCAAUCAGAGGAAUAAUCAUUUUGUGCUAUGCUAUCGUUCAAA